GGCGAGGUGCGGUGGGCGGUGCUGUCGCGGGUAGCCGGGGGUUGCGAUGGGGGCGCCGCUCAGCACGUUGGGAUGGGUUGUGACAUACCCAUUAAAGCUCAUCUACACCAUCUUCCAGAAGUUCUUCAGGAAUCCCCGUCCUGCAAUUACUCUGCAGGAUCCUGAAGUGAAAUAUGCAUUAAGGCUGAUUGAUAAGGAGGAAGUUAGUCAUGACACAAGAAGAUUUCGAUUUGCUCUCCCUUCCAUAGAUCAUGUUCUGGGCCUUCCUCUAGGACAGCAUAUCCACCUGUCUGCACGGAUUGAUGGAGCUCUGGUUGUGAGACCUUACACUCCAGUUUCCAGUGAUGAUGACAAGGGCUUUGUGGAUCUUGUUGUUAAGGUCUACUUCAGGGGUAUCCAUCCGAAGUUUCCUGAUGGAGGGAAGAUGUCUCAAUACUUAGACAGCCUGAAAAUAGGGGAUACUAUUGACUUCAGAGGACCAAGUGGCCUACUUGUCUAUAAAGGAAAAGGCACAUUUGCUAUUCGGCCUGAAAAGAAAGCUGAACCAAUUACUAAGACAGUGAAAUAUGUGGGGAUGAUUGCAGGUGGGACUGGGAUAACACCUAUGCUGCAGAUCAUUCGAGCAAUCGCGAAAGACAAAGAUGACCCCACCAUUUGUCAGCUGCUGUUUGCUAACCAGACUGAGAAGGAUAUCCUGUUACGGUCUGAGCUAGAGGAGAUCCAGGUUCAGAAUCCCGGUCGCUUUAAGUGUUGGUACACGCUGGACCGAGCACCUGAAAAUUGGGAGUACAGCCAAGGAUUUGUGAACCAAGACAUGAUCAGAGAACACCUGCCCCCACCUCAGAAUGAUGUUCUGAUCCUCAUGUGUGGACCUCCUCCAAUGAUCCAGUAUGCCUGCAUUCCCAACCUGGACAAACUGGGCUACACUAAGGACAUGAGGUUCUCCUUCUAAAGAAGGCUGGUCUUCUGUAGAAGAGAAAUAAAAACAUUUAACGGGGAACAGGGCAGAGUUACAGAGAUUGCUGAUGCACAGUGCUGGGAAGCUACAUUUACAUUAAAGAUGCUUCAUUUUUUCUGAAUCUCUGGCAACUAAGACACCUAAGCUCAACUCUACCAAAACCUACUGGGUGCUGCACAGAAACAUCUGUGUUGUGGAAAGGUGGCUGGUGCGCAGUGCUGGGCUUGCAGUGUGAACUCCAUCUCGGGAGGACAGCAUAGCUGCUUAGGGCAGUAAACACUCAUUUACUCUUAUCUCUUAAAAAAUGGCAGUAAUACCCUCCUUCCUAACACUGUGCACACCUAGUAUUUUAUUUGGGAUGGAGUAUGAAUAUAUAUAGAAUGUACUGGAUUAUUCUCUUUGCUUAAGCCAAAUUUUAAUCCUUACAGAUGAUUUCACAGUAUGAGGGCCAGGAGUGUUUGCCUUGAUGCAUAAUCUUUGCAGCAUCAGGAGCCUAAGAAUGCUUGUUCAGUUGAAGGAUAAUUAACCAUUUAUUGCAGUUGCUCAAACUGCCUUGUUAAUCAAAACAGAGAGGUAGGCAGUGAUACAAAACUUGUUUCCUUUGUGUUUUGGAAUAGCCUCUCGAAAUUGCAGACACUUUUCCAGCUGGUCACAGUUCUCAUCCCUGGGCAAUGAAAGAAACUAGAGAAAGCAGAUAGGCUUUCUGUAGUGUUCCACAAAUAGCUGGAAUUUUUUGCUUGUAUGUGCGUAGAAUAUUGGACAAAAGAUACUAAUGUUUGUGUUUAAAAUAGCGGAUGAUGCCAUAGGAGUACAGAGUAGUUCUGCGUGUCCUGCGCAGUGAAAAAAAAAGCUGGGUGAGAACUGGAUCUGGUUCUAGUUUCUUGUUUCCCAGAGAUGGAUGUGGAAGGACGGGAGCUCAGGUUUUACUGCCAGGGUGGGUUUCAGCAGGUGGGGCAGCCUCAGAUGUGAUAUGCAUACAGCUGGCGGACUCACCUGCGUGGUUUGCUCAGGCAAAGCUCCAAAGGGUUUUGCUUGGUAAGGAUGCAUGGGAACAGCCUUAAGUCACCAAACUGACAGCAAAGUCAAAUGUCUCACUGAACCUAAACCUGUUUCUUACAUGCUGUUUACUAUAGCUCUGAUUUUUUAUUUUAAUAUACUUCUUUUACAGCAGCUUUUCCCCUAGUCUUUAGGAAACUUAAGGCAUCUUGUGUGCGGAACCUUCCACUUCUAAGUAAUGGAGAUGCUGCUGAGAUUAGAGCUGUCCUGCAAAGAAGGAACCUAUGAAACUAAAAACCAUAUUCUUGUGAUGAAAUCAGUGAUUGAAAGGAUGUUUAGUCAGAUAUGAAGUCUUGUGGGUGCUAGUUAGCUGCUAAGUGUUGGUGUGUAAUACCAUUUUGUUAAAGAUUCGGGUAGGUAUUUGAGGUUCUAGCUUGCCAGGUUUUCUUUUGUGCCUGUACGACAGAUGGGUACUGUGCAGUUAAAAGGUUAAUUUUAAGCAUGAAUUAAGAAGAGAAAAAGAUACUACAGUUAAUUUAAGGAACCUCAAAUGGAUAAUACUGUUCCUAGUUUUAUUAAUUAGACGCUUGCCUCUGAAGUCUUGAAUUUUUGCUGUGUACUUCUGAAACUUGUUCUUUAAUAAAUACUGUGUUCCAAAGUUCAUACUCAAGUAAGUUUCAGUCCCUUCUUAGGAGGCAACAGAAAUACAAGAGAAAUUAUCUUGCUGCUGAUUUACAUCAUUGUGGGAUACACACAGAUUUUCCUCAUCAGUUUUCUUGUGAAAAAAUAACUGUAACUGAUCACGUCUCAACUAUUUUGUGUUACUUACUCUGCUUAUUCAACUACUGCCUUUUCUUUCCCAUCUGUGUAAGAAAUAAAGUAUCUUGCAGG